AUGCAUGCGGUCGAUAGGGCCAUCACCAAUUUGGAUCAGAUCGAUCUAGAUCGGAAAUCCCUGGCAGGUAUUGAAGCAGACCGUGCCAUCGGACUGCAUAGUGAACUCGGGGGUGCCGGCAGUUACACUCACAUGUCCAACAGGACAUUCAUUAGGGCCGCAACAUCUACAUCCUCUACCGAGUUAUGGGCGAUGCUGGCCGCACCACUAACCAAGACGACUUCAAGCCCAAGCUCUGGUCGAACCAGGCGGGCGAUUGCUGGAAAGCACUCGGUCAGUGCCUUUUGGAGUGGCGCCGGGAUAGGAAUGCUCCUUGGCAUCUCUCAUGGGCCAAAGACGAUAAAUCUGAGAUAA